AUGGUCUUUGGCGAAGGAGACUCGAGCAUCCAGUCCAACAUUAAGGAGGCCUUCUCGGGCUCUGCUUGUCUGUCGAUAGCGCAAAUCAACCGACUCUUAAUUCCGAACUUGACCUCGCAAUCGUCCAUGGCAUCCACGAUGGCCUUCUGGGCGUCUGCAUACGGAAUCUUGGACUCUAAAACUGUACCUGUCGGGUUCCACGAUAACUCGAUGUAUAUAACAUUCUGUUCACUGGAUCUCUCCAAAUGCUCGUAA